AUGAAAGUAACGGAAAAAAUUCAACAGGCCGAAAAAGACGGCCGAAUCUGGUGGUCGUUUGAAUAUUUCCCGCCCCGUACCGCACAGGGCUUACAAAACUUGCUGGAUCGUAUCGAGCGCAUGCGCGGUUUGGGCCCCGAGUUUAUCGACAUUACAUGGAACGCGGGCGGACGGACGUCGGACCUCACGAGCGAGCUCGUGAAAACAUGCCAGGGCGUGAUUGGUAUUGAAACAUGCAUGCAUCUUACAUGCACGAAUAUGCCCCAGGAAAAAGUGGAUGUGGCCUUGCGGGAAGCCAAAGCGAAUGGAUGUCGUAACAUUCUAGCUCUACGCGGUGACCCGCCUCUGGACAAGAGGAAUGGACGACCGUCGAAGGGGUUCCAGCACGGGAUCGACCUCACGAUCCAGCUCCCCGAGGCCGAGGCUAAACAAGAGAUGCAAUGGCUCAAGGAAAAGUGCGACGCGGGCGCCAACUUUAUCUUCACCCAGAUGUUCUACGACGCGGACAUGUUUAUUCGCUGGGUCAAGGCGGCCCGCGACGCGGGCAUCACUGUCCCGAUCGUACCAGGCAUCAACCCCAUCCAGACCUGGAACGGCUUUAUUCGGGCGACAACUUUGAGCGGGACGGAUAUACCCCAAGAUUUGAUGGAUAUCCUCGAACCCCACAAGAACAACGACGAAAAAGUCCGAGAGCUGGGCACGAAAAUUGUUUCGGACCUUUGCCGCAAGAUCCUCGAUGCGGGUAUUGGUAUCAAGGGACUGCACUUUUAUACCAUGAACCUCGAAAAGGGUACCAAGAUGUUGCUUGAGGAGCUCAAUCUCGUUCCUCGUGUCGAGACUAUCAAACCUUUGCCUUGGAGGCAGUCUCUUACCCCGACUCGUCGUACCGAGACUAUCCGUCCGAUCUUUUGGGCGAACCGUACCAAGUCGUACCUCUCGCGUACGGAGAACUGGGACGAAUACCCCAAUGGUCGGUUUGGUGAUUCUCGAUCGCCCGCGUACGGAGAACUGGACGGGUAUGGUAUCUGGAUUAAACAAACGCCCGAAGAGGGACGAAAGAUCUGGGGCACCCCGACACCAUUGGUGACGUCAAGGCCCUGUUCACCAAGUUUGCACCCAACAAAUCAAAGCACUUCCGUGGUCCGACCAACCACCAACCACCGAAAUCCCGCAGUCAACGGCGCUCGCAGCGACGACAAGGCCUUUGGUUGGGGACCCAAGAACGGCUACGUCUAUCAAAAGGCCUACCUCGAGUUCUUUGUCCAUCCUAGCCAAUUACAUGCCUUGAUCAAGCGCAUUGAGCGCGACACAAACGUGACUUAUUAUGCCAUCAACAAGCAAGGCGACCUAAAGACAAACUCCACGAGUGAAGGUCCUACCGCGGUCACAUGGGGUGUGUUCCCAGGCAAGGAAGUCAUCCAGCCGACAAUUGUCGAGGCAGUCAGCUUUAUGGCAUGGAAGGACGAGGCCUUUGAGCUCGGAUGUCAGUGGGCCAAGAUCUACGAACCCGAAUCACCGAGCCGAAAGUUGAUUGAAAAUAUGAUGGACGAAUACUUCCUGGUCAACUUUGUACAUAACGACUUCCACGACCGUGAGGCCAUCUUCCGUCCCUUCUUUGCCGAUGCCGGGCUUCAGACAAACGGCGACACCGAAACACCGGCCGUCAACGGCGUUAAACACGUCAACGGCCUAGUGAACGGCCAUUCCACGGCUGUUCGUGCUUGA